AUGCGUUUAAUAACAUGGAAUAUCAACGGUAUUCGUUCACUAUCCGAUGGAAUUCCGAAAAUUCUCGACGAACUGAAUGCUGAUAUCAUUUGUUUACAAGAAACAAAAAUCAGCCGCGAUAUGCUCACGGCUGAUAUUGCAAAUGUUAACGGAUUCAAUUCAUACUUCUCGUUCUGUCAGUCUGCUAAAAAAGGCUACUCAGGUGUUGCCACAUAUUGCAAAGAUGAAUGUAGACCAUUUGAUGCAGUUGAUCACCUUGCACAACGUGAUUGUGAGUUACCAUUGGGUGAUAUCGAAGUUGAUAACGAAGGUCGUGCUGUUAUCGUUGAGUUUCAUAUUGCUGAAGUUGACUCAACAACUGAGGACGGUGAUAAGCCAAGUACAAGUCAAAAUUCAUGUGUGGAACUUCAAGAUCGACUAGAGAAAUUGGCAAUCAUAAAUGUCUAUUGUCCUCGUUAUAAUCCGGACAAUACGGAGCGUUUCGAAUUCAAACUGAGAUUUCAUCAACUUUUGAGUGCUCGAGUGCAAGAGUAUAAAUCGAGUGGUUAUCACGUUAUCAUUAUUGGUGAUGUGAACAUUGCUCAUAAGGCAAUUGAUCAUUGUGAAGCGGAAAAAAUAAGUGAUUUCGAAGAACAGCCACAUCGAGUUUGGAUGAGCGAUUUUCUGGAGAAUUAUGAAGGUGUGUUUAAGACGAAUGCGAGAGCGACCAAUUAUGGCACCCGAAUCGACUACAUAAUCGCCAAUUCGGAAUUGCUCAAUCGUGAAUUCUUCUCGGAUUGUGAUCAUUUAACGGAUCAGAUGGGUUCUGAUCACUGUCCAGUGAUCGCUGUGAUCAACAGCUCUAAAUGGCGAUUUGUCAGUGCCCAACAAUUACCAUCACUGUGCUCGAAGUUAAUGCCCGAGUUUCGUGGUACUCAAACAUCAAUUAGAUCAUUCCUUUGUGCAGCUCAACCUUCAACAACCGCAACCAGAGAUGAAUUGAGAGCUAAGAAACGAAAAAGUGUAGCGUCACAACGUGCGAUCACAAAUUUCUUUACAAAAACGGAAUCGUCCACUUCUUCUAGUGGCAGUAGUCAAAAUGAACGCUCAUCUUCUAAUGGCAACAAAAAGCAGAGGUUAACGGAGACGAAAACUGAGAGGAAUAGUGUAAUGUCAGGAAUGAGUAAUGGACUGCUUACGAAAAAACUGGAAACUAUUGUUGACGAAAGACAAAUUAGCGUUGGUAAUGCGCUGAAAGGAGGAACGAAGAAUGCAUUUGAGAAGAUUAUGAGUAAGAAAAAUGUCCCAAAAUGCACUGGACACGGUGAACCAGCAGCUGAACGGACAGUCAAAAAAGCUGGGCCGAACUUCAAUCGAAGAUUCUAUGCGUGUGCACGUCCAAUGGGAUUCGCGACUGAUAAGAAUGCGAGGUGCAACUUCUUUGAAUGGGCUUAA